AUGGACGGGUAUUCUCAGGGACCCUAUGUUAUGCCACCACCACCAAUCGGUUAUCCCACAAAAGAUGACCAUAAUGCUCAAGGGUAUGCCCAGCAGCAUCCUGCUGUAGAGACUACAAGCAGAGGUGAUGACUUCUGGAAGGGAUGUUUUGCUGCCGUGUGCUGCUGCUGUGUCUUGGAUAUGUGCUGCUGCUGAGACUGUAACGGUUUCACUGUCUACAACUUUUAUCUAUGUGCCAUGUAACAAAGGAAAAAGAGCUCAAAGCUGUUAUAAAGCUUUUAGUCUCAUUAUUCAU